AUGUCACACAACGACUCUCACAGGGGCUCACAGCCAGCCAGCGAAACCUCUCGACUUCUCAACGACAAUACAUCCAGCGAUAAUGUGGUUUCCUUAGCAAGAAGGAAUGCAAGGAUACAUCUCUUGCUUCCUGCAGUUGGUGUAGGGAUGUUCAUGGUCGCUCUCGACCAGCUGCUGGUCAUCACCUCGUACACAAAGAUUGGCAGUGAGCUCGAAGCGUUGAACAACACCAGCUGGAUAGCUACUGCCUACUUCCUAGCCCUGACCAUCUUCCAAACUCUGUAUGGAAGGCUGAGCGACAUCUUUGGGCGCAAGGAAUGCCUCCUGUUUGCCUACAGCGUCUUUGGGCUUGGGUGCCUAGGAUGUGGCCUAGCCCGAGACAUGGUCCAGCUGUGCAUUGCGCGAGCGGUCACCGGCGUUGGCGGUGGCGGAGUGAAUGCCGUCGUGUCUAUCCUGCUAAGCGACCUGGUCCCUCUGAGGGAACGUGGCAUUUACCAAGGAUAUAUCAACAUUAUCUGGGGAGCUGGCACGUCUUUGGGUGCCCCGCUGGGAGGGUUUCUUGCUGACUCGAUAGGAUGGCGAUGGUCCUUUCUCAUCCAAGUUCCCAUGUCCGUUAUAGCGUGGCUUCUUGUCUACUUCUUCCUCCAUGUUCCCAGCAAUUCGCAUCACCACUGGCUUCGAAAGGUUCAACAGGUAGACUUUUUCGGCGCCCUCACGCUGGCCCUCGCUGUUGUGUCUCUCCUCUCGGGGCUUGACGCAGGUUCUAACUUGGGCUGGUCAGACGCCAGAUCAAUGGUCCCGCUGUCUCUUGCGCCAGCCUUGUUCGCAGCAUUUAUAUACGUCGAGGUCAAGGUUGCUAGCUACCCAUUUGCUCCCGGGCACAUCAUUUUCGACCCCAGCCUCUUUUCCUGCUACCUAACCAACUUUUUCGGAAUAGCUGGCCAGAUGGCCAUGUUCCUCUAUAUCCCUCUAUACUUGCAAGUGGUUCUGGGACUCAGCGCUGCCAGGAGCGGCACCCUGAUGACACCUUCGACUAUAGCUGUCAUACUUUCCUCCGUGGCCGGCGGGUGGAUGAUAAGACGCUACGGCAGAUUCUACUUGCCGACUGUCCUGAGCUUCGGGCUGUUGCUGCUCUCGGUGUUUCCCUUGGCCUUGUCUGUUUGGGGAAAAUCGGCCCUCGGCGUUGUCGUAGGCCUCGUCUUGGCGGCUUUGGGGAUCGGGUCUGGUAUUACUACAACUCUGGUGGGGCUUCUCUCAAAUGCUGCCACAGAGGACACGGCUGUUGCGGUCGCCUGCUCCUACCUCUUCCGUUCCCUAGGGUCUAGCGUCGGCAUCAGCCUGACAUCUGCAGUCCAGCAACAAGUCAUCCGAUCCCAGCUGGAGGCUAGGCUCGGGGGCGAUGACGAUGUCGCCCGUGAAAUAGAGAAAAGAGUUCGGCAGAGUCUUGACUACAUCAACGAGCUGCCGCCUGACCUUCAAGAUCUGGUGCGGUCAGUCUAUCAAAUAGGAACGUUGAGUGCCACCGUGCCCACAGCUGUAUUCCUAGCGGCGGCCUUUCUUGUAUCUCUGUGGAUUAAAGAUAAGGCACUUAGAAAGUAG